AUGAAAGCACCCAGCAUCACACCGCCAUCCACCGUGUCGGGCUUGGACAAUUGUGCAAACUUGCAAACGCCUGAUACUGCAUGUCGAGAGUCGAACGUCAACCAGCCAUCCGGGUCUGCGGGCUCUCGGUUCUGGAAGAUGCUGCAAAAUGAGCGACCAGACCACAAAAAACACUUCUUUGAAGAUAUCUUUGACGUCAGACCUGUGGCAGGUAGUAAGGUCAACAGCCAUGUCAUCAGGCCAUAUUACCGACAAGGCAUGAUGGCCGGGUACAUCAGGACUGGAGAGAGCGACGUCGUCAAACAAGAUAACAUCAACAUGAACAAGUCAGCAAUGCUCGUCAACCAGGAAUUCCGCGCCGCUGGAAGUCGCCUGCUCUACGGCAGCUACUUGUUCUACUUCGACGACCCGAUCAAUUGCCUCUGGUGGUUCGAGCACAUCGGCAGGGUGAACUUUUCGAACGUCCGCCGACUUGAAUGUACUUUGCGGUGCGGGUGGCCACACGUUAGAGGACCCGACUUCACCAAUUUCGACCAAAGCCAAGAGGAGCUCUGGCGUCGCGUCUUCUGUUUUCUCAAGGCCCGACACCAACUCACGGACCUCACGCUCCUGUUCAACACGUGGAGGGAGAUAGGUCCCAUUUGCCGAGACGCCGGAACACCUGAAUACCGCGAAGAAGAGCUCGCUCUCUGGCGCGAGAAGCUGCGCGACGUGCUCCAUAACUUCCGCGGUCUCAAGACGGUCCUCAUCUCGGAUCACCGCCAGGCGGCUUUCAAUGCUGAAGACCGCAACGAGUACUCGAUGAUGAUGAUCCAGGAUCGUCUGUCCGUGUUCCCGCCUCCACCGCAGCGGAGAUUGAGCCUGGCACAGUUCCUGAAGAAGCGCCGGCUGGAGUUGAGGGUGGAGGCAGCAGUUCAGAAAUCCCAACAAGCCCAAGAGAAUAAGAGAAAGAGACAGGACCACCACGAUGAAGUGCACCAGGACGUCGAGAUGGGCGGCUGCGGAGCUUAG